AUGGAUUGUCAUUCAAUACAGCUUAAUUGCGAAAGCAUCAACAAUCCCCUUUGUUCGCGAAUUCUUUAUAUACCUACUUAUUCUGCAGGAGCCAUUGAUGUGAUCGUUGUGGAACAACCGGAUGGCGAGUACAAAUCCACACCGUUUCAUGUGCGAUUUGGUAAAUACGGGGUUUUCAGUCACAGCGACAAGUACGUUGAUAUUCAAAUCAAUGGUGAAGAAAUUGAUUUGAAAAUGAAACUUGGUGAAAGUGGAGUUGCGUUCUUUGUUGAAGAAGCGGACGGCCACCAAAUCCCAUCCUAUAUGCUGACGUCGCCACUGCCUGAGCCAGGCACUCCACAGCAGCAGACCAUUGAGGAGGUCUUGACAGAAAGCGCCAAGAUUUUGGGUGAAAAGAACACGGGGUCGGAAGAGCGGAAGAAAAGCAUAGUAAAGGAGCCAGUUGGUCCUGACACCCCUAGAAAUACUCAGGAGGGAAAGCAAGAGUGGGUAGAACUGUUCAUAGAUCUUGUGCUGCUUAAGUACCUAAAGACUUGA